AUGGCAAAUCUUGCAGAAGUAAAACCUCAUUCAAGCGACCACGAGGAGAAACAUGAUCAGGAGGUUGAUGUGGCUCUCUCACAAACAGAAGAAGAGGACAAUGCAGAAGAUGAUGAUGAUGAAGAUGAAGAAGAAGAAGAGACAAACGGAGCAGUCGAAUACCCAGGUACUGUAUUACCCGAUAAUAACCCACAGGAAAUUGAUGCCGACAUCGACUUGACAGCUGGGUUAGAUCCCGAUACUGACUAUAUUGAUCUUGUUCAUUUGAAAAUCAAUUCACUUGAAGAUUUGAAUUUAUCCCGCUUUAAAAAAUUGGAAUCAUUGUGCUUACGGCAAAACUUGAUAACCUCCAUUGUAGGGGUCAAAGACAUCUCACCCACAUUGGAAGAAUUGGACUUUUAUGAUAACAGAAUUAAUCAUAUAUCAAGUUCGAUAAAGCAUUUAACGAAUUUACAGAAUCUCGACUUAUCAUUCAACACCAUCAAAAAUAUCAAGAACAUUGAUACAUUGGUCAAGUUGGAAAAUUUAUACUUUGUCGCUAAUAAGAUCAAGGAGAUCAAGAACUUGGACUCAUUGACAAAAUUAGUAAAUUUGGAACUUGGUGGAAACAAGAUUGAGGUGAUUGAGAAUCUUGACAAGCUUGUAAACAUAACUCAAUUAUGGCUAGGGAAGAAUAGAAUACAUAAAUUACAAAACUUGGACUCAUUGGUUAAUCUCAGGGUGCUUUCAAUUCAAUCUAAUAGAAUAAGAAAGAUUGAGGGUCUUGGUAAUUUAAAGAAUUUGGAAGAAUUGUACUUGUCACACAACGGUAUUGAAAAAAUAGAGAACUUGGAGAAUAACACGAACCUUCAAGUGUUAGAUGUCACAUCCAAUAAGUUAACAGAGCUAUCUGGAUUGAAGCAUUUGGCUAAAUUGACUGAUUUCUGGUGUUCAUAUAAUCAAGUGCUGAGCUUUGAAAACGUCGGCAAGGAGUUGGGCAAAUUACCUGAUUUAGAGUGUGUAUACUUUGAAGGAAAUCCAAUUCAAACCGAGAAUCCUACGGCUUAUCGGAGGAAGUUGAAGUUGUACUUGGGGCCUUCCUUGAACAAGAUUGAUGCUACGUAUAUACACGGAUAA